AUGCUACUGGAAGAUUUGGUGCCUCCAGAUUGCAAAAAAUGCACGGUUGCUAUGAGACUAAUAGCUUAUGGCACCUCUGCUGAUUAUGUGGAUGACUACAUUCGAAUUAGUGCAUCUCUUGCAAGAGGUCGUGCACCUUCUAUUAACUAUGUUGUGAAUGACCAUCAAUACAAUAUGGGGUAUUAUCUCACUGAUGGUAUAUAUCCUAAAUGGGUAGCAUUUAUUCCUACAAUAUCACUACCACAAAAUGAAAAAGAAUGUCUUUUUGCUAAAUUACAAGAAGCUAGACGAAAGGAUGUUAAGCGUGCUUUUGGAGUAUUACAAGCUCGUUUUGCAAUAAUACAGAAUCCUGCGCUAGCUCGUGACUCAUCAAUGUUAGGAAAAAUAAUGAUAGCAUGUAUCAUUAUGCACAAUAUGAUCGUUGAGGAUGAAAGAGAUACGUAUAAAACGUAUUACGAUCCAAAUGAAUAUGAUCAAGCUACAAAUGCGUCUUCAAGUAAUAGAAAUAUUGAAGAGCCUUUUCAGUUUGAAAAUAGCAACAAUCGAAUUGCAAGUUUGAAAACUUAUAUUUCUAAUAGAACUCGUGUUCGUGAUGAAGCUAUGCAUAGAGCUUUGAAGAAAGACUUAGUUGAACAUAUGUUGCUCAAAUUCGGUGUUAACCAUAGGCAAAAUAAUUUGCGUAAAAAGGUGUAUAAUCGUAACCUUAAAUUAUAG